AUGAAGAAUGGCUGCAGCAACAGCUACUUCAUUGAUGAACUGGACUCUGCUAACCUGUCGUCAACGUCUAAUGUUGGAAUUUCCGGUCGCUAUGUUUUCGAAAUCGAUGGUGGACAAGCAACACCCUGUGAGUUUUUGCACUGCGCCGAGGACGAGGUGUGUUUGGAGAAGAACGGACACUCCGGCUGUGCCUGUGCUUACUUCAACGAAAGACCAAACCCCGACACUUUUGAUGCCACUGAAACAUGUGUUGGCAGCAGCGGUUCACUGUCCCUGUCCUACUGUCAGAUCUUUGAUGCUGGAUACAUUCCUGAGACCCUCCACCUAUAUGACCCGUCCUGCAGAGGGAUAAAAGAAAAUAACCGGCUGGUUUUCAAUUUCGACAGCCAUUACAACCUGUGCGGCACGAAUCUGACGCAUAACAGCACACACUUCACCUACAUCAAUGCUGUCGGGACGAGCGAUAAGCCUCUGGGUUUGAUCAGCCGUUCCGGCGGUCUGAACAUCGCCUUCUCCUGUGUGUACCCACUCAUCCAGAGCAUCUCCAUGCCCAUGGCCAUCCAAGCCAGAGGAAGUGUGGUCAGUAAGGAGCUUUCCACCGAGGGUACGUACACCAUCCGCAUGAUCCCCUACGAGGACCAGGGAUUCCAGUAUCCUUUCUCUGGUAACGUGACUUUGGAGGUGAACCAGCAGGUCUACGUCGGCGUGACCGUGGAGGAAUUUGACCAAGAACAGAUCGCUACUGUGCUGGACAGCUGCUGGGCGACUCCUGUUGAUGAUAUCAACUCUUACCCCCGCUGGGACCUGAUCACUGGAGAGUGUCCCAACCCUGCUGACGGUACAGUGGAGGUUCUGCAAAACGGCGUCUCCACAUCCAGCUUCUUCUCCUUCAGGAUGUUCUCCUUCACCGGCGGCUCUAACAAUAUCUACCUGCACUGUCAGGUCCAUCUGUGCCUGCUGGAGGGCGGUAACUGUGCAACGUCCUGCGGUGGAAGUGAAGCACGAAGACGUCGAUCCGUGAACUUCCACGAUUCAGCUUCCAUCAGUAUGGGAUUCUGAUCGGCUUCGUCCGACACUCGUCUGUGUAGCAGGGCUUUAUAAAAAAUUUUCUAAGACCUGCGUUUAAAAAUUUAUUUUAAUUGGAGAUUUUUUUCUUAUUACUGAAUUGUGAUUCUUCUUCUCUGUAAAAAUAAACCUG